CUAAACACCAACGCAGACAAGACCAGUCGCCACUCUUCGUUUGACAACCAGGGAAAAGCCACUGAAGGCUGGGCAGAGAUCACACCCCGAGUCCACCCCCACCGCAUCCUCCCUCUGGGCUGAGUCCCGACCGAGGUCUUCUUGUCCUCCCCUGAACACCGUGCUGGGAAUGCCGCAUAUACGGACACUUGUAUCAAAAAGUUGAAUUACAUAGGCUACGCGGCAAAAAUGCAAUGUGACAGCAGUGUGGCAUCUCUUCAAGGUCAGUAUCUGAGCACCGCAGCCGCCUCACGGACGUGUUUCUCGGACAGUCGGAGGGAAGAAGAGGAGUGGAGGGGGAUGCCGCUGAGCCUCCAGCAUCAACAAUGACAUCUUUCACCAAGGAGGACAUUCAUAGCCACUGACACAACUUGUGAAACACUGCUGUAAGAACAGAAAGGAAAGGCUUGCUUCUUUUACAGCACACUUGUCUGCAUUGUUGUUAAAAGACAUCCAGCAUUUCGCCGUUUCCUGCUUUCUCACAACGGCCUGUGUCACUGUUUACCUGGCUACAGGCAACAACGCUAAAGUGGAGCUAGUUAGUUGACAGAAUGGAUGUUUGGUUCGGUUAAGCCAAAUAAGUUGUGUUGAACUUCCUUGAACUAGUUUGGUUUUCAAGCCACUAAUUUCUUUUAAAAUAACAUCGCCUUCUUUCGUUCAACAACAUGCCUGCGAGGAGAGAUUCACACAGCCCGGCCGGGAAGAGUUUACCGGAGCGGGGGCUGCUCCUGCUGAUCGUGCUUGUUUUAUUGCAGGGAUCCGUGCUUCCUCUCGGGGCUGCUAGCUCUCCCGAUACCACCCACAAUGACUAUGUGAGCAACCCCCAAGAUAAGGAGCAAAAGUACAACUACACUAAAAAGGCAUUCCCUGUGCUCACCCUCGACUACCAUCACAUACAGGCGCCCUUUGAGAUCUCAUUAUGGAUCCUGCUGGCUUCCUUAAUGAAAUUAGGGUUCCACAUGAUACCUCGUGUGUCCAGCAUUGUGCCAGAGAGCUGCCUGUUGAUCACCGUGGGUCUGCUUGUGGGGGGGCUUAUCAAACUAGCUGGAGAAGACGUCCCCCCAGUGCUGGACUCCCGUUUGUUCUUCCUCUGCCUGCUGCCGCCCAUCAUCCUCGAUGCCGGCUACUUCCUGCCCAUCCGGCCCUUCAUGGAGAACCUGGGCACCAUCCUGAUGUUUGCGGUGGUGGGGACCCUGUGGAACGCCUUCUUCAUCGGGGGUCUGCUGUACGCCGUGUGUCAGAUCCAGCCGGCCAAUCCCUCCAUCCUUCACAAGAUCGAGCUGCUGCCCUGCCUGCUGUUCGGCUCCAUCAUCUCCGCUGUGGACCCUGUGGCCGUGCUGGCUGUGUUUGAGGAGAUCCACAUCAAUGAACUGUUGCACAUCCUGGUGUUUGGAGAAUCUCUGCUUAACGAUGCUGUCACUGUGGUGUUAUACCACCUGUUUGAGGAGUACACAGGUGCCGGCACAGUCACGGUGCUGGACUGUUUCCUGGGAAUCAUCUCCUUCCUGGUGGUUUCAAUCGGAGGCGUUCUAGUUGGAGUCAUCUACGGGCUCCUGGCCGCCUUUACCUCCCGCUUCACCUCCCAUGUGCGGGUCAUAGAGCCACUUUUUAUCUUUGUGUACGCCUACAUGGCCUACCUGUCAGCUGAGGUGUUCCACCUCUCUGGCAUCAUGGCGUUAAUAGCAUGUGGAGCGACGAUGCGACCCUAUGUGGAAGCCAACAUUUCCCACAAAUCCCACACCACCGUCAAGUACUUCCUGAAAAUGUGGAGCAGCGUCAGCGAGACUCUCAUCUUCAUCUUCCUGGGAGUGGCCACGGUGGACGGACCUCACCACUGGAACUGGACCUUCGUCACCGUCACUGUCCUUCUGUGUCUGGUGUCUCGGGUCAUAGGUGUGGUUGGUCUGACCUAUGUGAUCAACAAGUUCCGCAUUGUCAAGCUGACGACCAAGGACCAGUUCAUCAUCGCCUACGGUGGCCUGCGAGGAGCCAUCGCCUUCUCCCUCGGCUUCCUGCUGAAAAAGGAUCUCUUCCCCAUGAGGGAGAUGUUCCUCACAGCCAUCAUCACCGUUGUCUUCUUCACCGUCUUUGUUCAGGGUAUGACCAUCCAACCCCUGGUGGAGCUGCUGGCGGUGAAGAAGAAACAGGAGGCCAAGCGGACCAUUAAUGAGGAAAUCCACACCCAGGUACGACCUCUCCCUGCAAACAUCCUCAGUCUUCAUGAUCAGAAGCUGAUGACUUCUUUAUGGUUUAAACACAUGAAAAACCCAGAGCCUUUUUAUAGGGGGUGGAUGAAUUCAAUUGACUUUGAUCUUUCACCGAGAUACCGUGUUUGA